AUGACGAAGAAAGUAGAAUUAAAAUUUUUGGGAGGCCUGGAAAGCUAUUUGGAGGAUAAGUCCCAAAAUGUUGUGACACUAGAAAUAGAAUCUGAGAAGUUCAGUUUUGAAAAUUUAAUUGCCUACAUAAGAAACCACAUCCUCGUUGACAGGAAGGACGUCUUUGCCGACCAUGUCAUGUGUGAUGGCACGGAGUUUUGCCAAGUGAUGGUUAACAAUGUAGAGCGUAAAAACUAUAAUUUAAAUGAAAAGGCGAAGAUAAAACCAGGAAUUAUAGUCCUAAUUAAUGAAUAUGAUUGGGAAAUUAUGAACAUGUAUGAGUACCAGAUUAAGGAUGGCGACAAGCUCUGUUUCUUGUCAACUUUGCACGGUGGUUGA